AUUACUCCACCAAAGCCACUUCCAUUUUGCAAAUCUUUCUCAAUUCAAUCAUCACUUAUUUACCUCUACAGAACGAAAGCGAGAAUUAGUACUCAUUUUCCGGCAACGAAAUCGUGACCGGCUCCAUCCCAUCCGACCACCAACGCUAUAGCUAAAGGGAUGGAUGUCCGUCGACGAUCUUCGUUGAAACAAGCUGCAACCAAAGGUAAAACAAUGGCAGAAGAUCAGUAUAAUGAUCAGAUCUUUAAUAAGGCUACCGACAAAAAGGUUGUGGAUACUGUUGUUCCUCUUCCGAUGGGAAUCUCCAAUGGUGUGUUCUUCACUGUCUUCUUCUCCGUUGUAUACUUUCUUCUAAUCAGAUGGCGUGAGAAGAUCAGAACCUCGACUCCACUUCAUGUCGUCACUAUGUCAGAGAUGGCUGCUAUCGUCUUGUUCGUAGCCUCUUUUAUCUACCUUCUCGGAUUCUUUGGGAUGAGCUUCGUCCAGGCCACCCCAUAUUCCGAUGAUGAGGAAGAGGAGUUGGAAGUUGAUGAAACCGAAAUGGUUAGGAAAGAAGACACUCGUGCCACCCCUUGUGGUGCUGCACUUGACUGUGAAUCCGAUGUGGUUGUGAAGCAAGUAGUGAAGAAGGAGUUGGUGUUCGUGCCAACAGACACAACAACUGUGACCGAAGAGGAUGAGGAGAUUAUAAAAUCAGUGGUUUCAGGUAAAACACCAUCUUACUCGUUGGAAACAAAACUUGGGGACUGCAAGCGUGCAGCUUUCAUCAGGAGGGUGGCGCUUGAGAGAAUCACCGGAAAAUCCCUGGAUGGUUUGCCACUAGAGGGACUUGAUUAUGAAUCGAUAUUGGGACAGUGUUGUGAGAUGCCAGUUGGUUAUGUCCAGAUUCCUGUGGGCGUUGCUGGGCCGAUGUUGCUUAAUGGAAAGGAGUUCUCUGUUCCCAUGGCGACUACUGAAGGAUGUCUUGUUGCUAGCACGAACCGAGGUUUCAAGGCCAUUUAUGCAUCUGGUGGAGCCACCGCCAUCCUACUCAAGGAUGGUAUGACUCGUGCUCCAGUUGUUAGGUUUGGCACUGCUAAGAGGGCUGCUGAUUUGAAGUUCUUCUUGGAGGAACCACUUAACUUUGACACUCUUGCAUCCGUUUUUAACAAAUCAAGCCGAUUCGGGAGGCUUCAAAAGAUCCAAUGUGCCAUUGCUGGGAAGAAUCUAUACAUAAGGUUUACAUGCAGCACCGGUGAUGCAAUGGGGAUGAACAUGGUCUCAAAGGGUGUUCAAAACGUUUUGGAGUAUCUUCAGGCUGACUUCCCCGACAUGGACGUCAUUGGCAUCUCUGGAAACUAUUGUUCUGAUAAAAAACCAGCAGCCGUGAACUGGAUAGAGGGGAGAGGUAAAUCUGUGGUGUGUGAGGCAAUCAUUAAGGAAGAUGUGGUGAAGAAAGUAUUGAAGACAAACGUCGCUUCGUUGGUUGAACUGAACAUGCUCAAGAACCUCACAGGGUCUGCCAUGGCUGGUGCUCUUGGUGGGUUUAACGCCCAUGCAAGUAACAUCGUGUCAGCUGUAUACCUUGCCACUGGACAAGACCCUGCCCAAAAUAUUGAAAGCUCCCACUGUAUCACCAUGAUGGAAGCUGUGAACGACGGAAAAGAUCUUCAUGUGUCGGUGACUAUGCCGUCAAUCGAGGUUGGAACUGUCGGCGGUGGGACUCAAUUAGCUUCACAAGCUGCAUGCUUAAACUUGUUGGGAGUUAAGGGCGCAAACAGGGAGUCACCUGGAACAAAUGCUCGGCAGUUGGCUAAGGUGGUUGCCGGUUCUGUUCUCGCCGGAGAGCUCUCUCUUUUGUCUGCAAUCGCCGCUGGGCAACUUGUAAACAGCCACAUGAAAUAUAACCGUUCCCAAAAAGAUCUUACCACCAAGGCUUGAACUUCUCGAAGUCCAUCGAUUAAUAAAGGACAAAAUGAACCACAUGUUUAUCUUUGUCUGCAAUCGCCGCUGUGAUUCUUGUUUCCGUUGGUCUUUUUGUGUUAUUGCUUUUGUUCAGCUGGUUUCAUUCAGCUCUUAGUUGUAAACGAUACCAGGUUAAGGUUCAGUUGACUAAAUAUUUUCGUAUGUUGUUUAAUUAAUGUAUGUUAUGUUGUAUUU